GGUCUCUGCUGCUCCUCUUCCUCCUUCACUCAGCAGACGAGUCGACGUGAACUCGACGAUGACGCAAAACUCCAGCAGGUUCGAUACUCAUCACCAUGACAACGUCACAGAGGACAACCUCCCAAGACUUUUAAACAUCUCGAUGGACUUCUCCAUGAGCAGAAUAGUGUAUUCUGAAGACUGUGUGCUCGCCACGUGUCUCACGGCGAACCUCGGCUCGUCGCUGCAGCGUGGCGGCGAUCAGACGGCGGGGGGCGCUACCAGUGACCCGCUGGGCUUCGGCAGGAAGUGACAUCAUCAUCAUCAUCAUCACACUCACUGUAGCCGCUGAGGCUCAUGGGUAGUGUAGUGUCCAGAGACAGACUCCAUUAAAGAAAUAAGAACACGGCAGUCUGAAGCUCUGUGAUUGGAUGUGUGUCAGAGUGAAAUGCACCCUGGGAGUUGUAGUUCUCAGGCCAACAACUGUCAAUCAACAGAAACAAUGUGAAGCUGAUUCACCAAUAAAAUGUCUUUCAC